CAAUUGGCAUUUAGUUUUAUACUUCAAAAAAUAAAUUUGUAUAAACUCUUAUGUACUUCUUUCUCUCUUUUCUUCUCAAGCUAUUGGCUUCCCCAUCUUCAAUCUUUCCCUCCUUUAUAAUUUAGUCCCAAACACAUUCAACUCUCCAUCUCUUUUUUUCUUCAAUUUUCAUUUUCACUUAAUAAUGGAAAUUCUUAGCUUGAGUUUCUUUGUGGGUAUUAUUGGCAAUGUUAUAUCAGUUCUGGUUUUUUUUUCUCCCAUUGGAACGUUUGAAAGAAUAAUAAAACAUAAAUCAACUGAAGAUUUCCAGAGCCUACCUUACAUUUGCACAUUGUUAAACUCAAGUUUAUGGACGUAUUAUGGGAUCACUAAGCCUGGGGGACUCCUUGUUGCCACUGUUAAUGGCUUUGGCAUCUUUGUUGAAGCUGUUUAUGUUGGUUUGUUCCUCAUUUAUGCACCAAAAAAGAUGAAGUUGAAGACUGGGGUUUUGGUGGGGAUAUUAAAUGUGGGUUUUGUAGCAGCUGCCAUUGUAGUGACACAGUUAGCAUUGGAAAGUGAAACACAAAUUGGUGCAAUAGGGCUCAUGUGUAGUGGUCUUAACAUCAUCAUGUAUGGCUCCCCUUUAGCUGCCAUGAAAACAGUGGUGACAACCAAAAGUGUGGAGUACAUGCCAUUUUUUCUCUCAUUUUUCCUUUUUCUGAAUGGAGGAAUUUGGGCUUUCUAUGCUUCACUUAUGCAUGAUUAUUUCCUUGGGGUACCAAAUGGGAUAGGUUGUCUACUGGGAACAGCACAACUUUUGCUGUAUGCCAUUUACAAAAAUGCAAAGCCAUCAAACAACACCAGCUUACAAGGAUUAAUGGAACAAGGCUGGCAAAAGGAGCCCUUAUAUCUCAGUGUUAAACACGAAUAUGUAUAAUAUGGUAUUUUGAAUAUAAUUAUAUCGAAAAAUAUUUUAUA